AGAUUAUGUUGUGAUUGGUGAGAUUUCGUCAGAAUCACUGGCAUCCACUCCUGACCCAGAAGUAUGUUCAUCUGAUUCUGCCACUGCUGGUACCUGCACACCGAGUGAUAACAUAUACAGAACUUAUCCCCAAUACCAAUCACUACUAGAUGUUGUAUUUGGACACUGUGAGUGGCAUCUUUGCUGUGUUACCGAUAGUCUGGUCAAUCUACUGGCUCACAAGCUCAAUUUAUUUUUCCAGCAAGGGUUGUCACUAUUAGUAGAGCUGGACAUGGAAGGGUAUACUAUAGAACGACGAUUUGAACCACUGACAAAAUUUCUGAAAAACUAUCUGAGAGCGCUUUCCCAAUGGCUGUAUCCUGACAAUUAUGACAAAGUGUAUUUGGUGUUGUGGUAUUUCAUUGUGCAGGAUUUUGAAAAUGAAGCCUAUCAACUCCGAAGAUUUGGUAAUCGAGCUGAAGCUAAAGCCAUGCUGUUGUUGCAAGCCCUGAGUUACAUGAUAGAGUUCAUCCAUGAUGGUGGUGAUGGCUUGUCUAUUGAUCAGAUCAUACCUCCUGCAGAACAUGUCAUGCAGUUAUUACAGUUAUAUAGUUGGUCAACCAAGAAACUCAUUCAUUUAUAUCGAAGACUUGUAGUCCAGAAGAGCAGAGAAAAUGGCUCAUUAGACAUCAGUUUGGAGUUACCACCUAGAGAGACGUUAAAGAGAAUGAGGCAUGACUUGCAUACCAUCCGUAAGUGCUUCAGUGGUAAGCAGCUUGUUGACUGGAUCCUGAUCAAUUAUUCCUUUCAAGGAACUGCUAACAUUGGAUUUCCAGAGGAAAGACUAGAGAUUGAUGAAGCUCGACUUUUAGCUCAGAAACUGUUAGAUCUUGGUGUGAUACGCCAAGCUGUGGAUGAUAUGAAUACCUUUGUCUCUCCAACUCGUGCUAGAAGCUCCACCACAACAGAUGCAUCCUCUCCACUGCCGUCACCCUAUCCAGAAGUAACCUUUCAUAGCCGUCCACAUUCAUCACUCAAAUUCCAGAGAAGCUGUAACUCUGAUGGCAAUUCUUUAGAAAGAGCACGUUCCUCUACAAUUGAUACUGAUGAGAUGAGAUCUUGUCCUGAACAUGCAAUGGAUGAAAGAGGUGGAAGUGGUGACUGUGUGAGACAGACAGGUGCCAGGAGUGAGGUAGUUAGCGAUAGUAUGGGUGAGAUAGAUGCCAUGAAUGAGGUUGUAAGUGAGGGUGUGGGCCAGAUAGGUGCCAGAAAUGAGGUAGUUGGUGAAGUUAUGGUGCAUAUGGCUGAGGAUGGUACAAAGGAAGGAAGAAGGGAGUCUAGUGUCUUUGAAAGUCAGAACCAUUCAGAAGAGGUAGGAAAUCUAUCAGAUGGAGGACAGAAAAAACGUCUCAGUGAGAGGAGGGGGAAAAAUCUUAAGGAGGUAUCGCUAGUGAGUUUUGAUGGAAGAGAAGGGUUAGAGUCAGUUAAUACAGAGCAGAUUGCUGUAGAAUCUGGUGGUAAAGACCCAAGCAAUAGAGAUACUCUGCCUGAUGACGAUGGAGGGGUAGGUUUUGUGCCUGAAAGCACAAAUGAUUCAGAGAUUGGUGGCGGUGAUGCUGGUACUCCUGAUGGAAACAAAACUCAACAGUCAGCGUCUACCUCAACUACCCGUAGUUCCACCCCCACUAGUUCAAGGACUACCUCCUCUGUGGGUAGUAGUGGUCACAUGGAAACACUGCGCUUCAUCUAUUCACCCAAUCAUCUUUAUCGCUUUACUGAAGUUGAUGAUGAAGAGCUCUACAGUUACCAUAGUGGUUUAACCAACUAUUCCUUAACAGAUUAUCCCAGUGACAACAACGGCAAUGACUGUCAUCGCAUUAAGUUGGGAAUGGAGAGCAAAGCUAUGGACUCCUUCUUCGUCCUCUCAGUUAUUUACUGUCGGAAGGGGAAAGACUCCAAAUCGAGGCGUUUUCUGAAACACGUACCAAAAGAAAUUAUGGAUGAAUUCAAUAAUAGAAAAUGGAAUUUUGGAUGUUUGUGA